AUGAGCCAAUUAGAUUAUCCAAAUCUCAAAGCUGUUCUCAGUAUAUCUGGAUGUUUUUUCCUUUAAUUUAUUGCGGCAAAUUCUACAAUGAAUGUUGUAUCAACUACUUUAAAAGAUUGCGGUUUUGACAAUUUAGGAUUUUACAGUUUGGCCGUUAUUUAUAUGGUAUUUGGACUAAGCUCAUUAAUAGCUCCACCAAUCAUUAAAAGGCUAAAGCCUAACUUAUCAAUGGUACUGGGAUCAUUAUGCUACGAUAUAUGGUUGAUAUCUCUUUCAUUACCAGCAAUAUUAUUAAAAAGUAAGGAUUUGAAAGAAGUUUUGACAUACAAUCAAGUGAUCCUUAUUGUCAUAAUUGCCAGUGCUAUAAUGGGCUUCGGUGCAACACUAAUUUGGAUAGGAUAAGGAAAGUAUUUAUCAGAUUGUUCAAAGCAAAAAAUUGAGAGAAAAGGAAUCUAUUCUAGUAUCUUCUUGAGCUUCAUGUUUUUAGCUUCCAUUCUGUCCAGCUUCUUGAGUGCUUUAAUUUUAGGCUCAUAUUCUCAGGAAUAUCUUUACUUAGUAUGUACUUUUAUUUCACUCCUUUCUACUAUUCUGUUGAUAUUCCUCCCUAAAAUUGAUAUUGAAGAGGAAGAAUGUUAAGUUUUAAGAGAAGGAUAAUCUUAAAAUAAGAUGCAUCAUGAUGAGAUAGGCUUAAUGAAGCUAAUUGCUAGUAAAUAAAUGAUCUUAACCUACGGUAUAUCAUUGACUACUGCUCUUUCUCACGCAUUUAGGACAGCAGGAUUAUUCAAUUUUCUCACACUAACAUAGAGUGAUGAAACUAUUUAGAAUCAAUUUAAAUAGGCCUCGUAUGCAUAAGCCUUAUUUGGAGUGGGUUAAUUUAUUGGAAGUGUUAGCUUUGGCUAUUUAAGUGAAAAGCUUAAAAGCAAUUUUAAAAUGACAUAAGUCGCGCUCCUAGUACAUGUCUUUUCAUACUCUUCAAUGAUAUGGUGCAAUGAAAUCUAUAAAUUUGGAAUUCUGAGCUUUUGCACCUGCUUUAUUCUAGGUAUCUAAGAUUCAUUCCUUUAGAAUCAAAUGCAAGUGAUAAUGGGAGCAGAAUUCACCUAAAGUAUAGAAGCUUUUGCUAUCUACAGACUAUUUAACUCAGUCUCUGUUACAUUCAUCCUCAUUAUUAUCUCAAAUUUGACAAAUUUGGAAGGAUUCAGAAUAUUUAUAGCAGGAUGCUUGGUGUUCUCAAUUUUUUCUUAAGCUAUCAUGAUUAAGCUAUUUAAGUUUAAGUACUAGCAAGGAGAUGUGGAACAUGAAAAUAAGAAACAGACUAUUGAAUCACUGAUUUAAAAGAAAUGA